CUGAGGAUGCAUUUUCCACUUUCUUUUGAGCAUGUGUUCGUCACAGUCAAGUGUUGAUUUAUUCACUGUCAUUAAUUUUUUCAUCAAUUUAAUUAUUAAUUUCCUUACAGAGAUAAAAAUAAUUUAACAAUAACUGUUUCUGUAGCUUGAGGCACUGAUCUGUCUAAGAUCAUCUAACAGAUAACUUUGCAGCACGGCUGACACAUUGUACAACACCAACUGCCAUGGCAGCAUAUAAAGGAUUCCUGCAGCUCCUCAGAUUUGUGGGAUCCAUGUUCCUCAUCAUGUUGUGCUUUUACCAAUGGGACAUGUCACAAGAAAAAAGAGAGAGGAUCCAUCAGCUGCAGACCUUGAGAAAGCAGCUGAUAAGAGAAACAUGUGAUGGUGACAAAGAGGCCUUUUCUAAGGGGAAGCACAGUUUAGAAGACAUGAGUGACAACGAGCUGAAGAACCUCAUUGUGGAUGACAAACAUGGCGUCAUCUACUGUUACGUUCCCAAGGUGGCGUGUACCAACUGGAAGAGGGUUAUGUUUGUCCUGAACCAGAGCAAGCCAUAUCAUGACCCCAUGUCCAUAUCUGCUGACUUGGUCCACCGGCCCAAACAGGUCACUCUCCUAAACAGCUUCCCAAGAACAGAGAUGAAGGCAAAGCUGAAGCACUACACCAAGUUCCUGUUUGUCCGACACCCAUAUGUACGUCUCAUCUCCGCCUACCAAGACAAGUUCCAGCGUAACGAUCGGUACUUCUAUCAAAACUUUGCCCGGAAUAUUCUGCGCUUAUAUGGCAACCAGACUGAUCCACCACAUACAGCGGACGAGGCGUUUGCAUCCGGCGUGCGCCCCUCAUUUUACAACUUUAUUCAGUACCUGCUGGACCCGCAGACAGAGAAGACGGUGCCCUUUGAACCCCACUGGAGGCAGAUGCACCGCCUGUGCUACCCCUGCCUCAUAGAGUAUGAUUUUAUUGGCCAUCAGGAGACUCUUCAGGAGGAUGCUGAGCAGCUGCUGAUGAUCUUAAAGCUGGAGGAUGAAAUUAAGUUCCCUCCUUCCUAUGAAAACAUGACUUCCCUUGUUUCUCUGUUUGACUGGUUCAGAGAAGUGCCCCUAGAGGACAGGAGGAAGCUGUACCAUCUCUAUGAGGGGGACUUCAGGCUUUUUGGCUACAGAAAAUUGCUUGAUGGUUGAGAUGAAGUCAUGAUUUGGACAACUCCUACAUCUUCUUCUUCUUCUUCUUCUUUUACUUCUUCUUCGUUGCCAUUGGUUUUUAGAGGCGGUCUGCAUCCAAAAUGUUGCAUUACCACCUUCUACUGGAUUGUAAAUAAGACUCAAUUCUCCUAUCUAAUCUAACUAUAUAAAAAAACAUUUUUUAAGAAAAGUUCUUCCCCACCCCUCCUCCCAUUCUCUAGUAAAACAAGUGUACUAAAUCUAGGCUCUGAGAGGGCCUGAAAGCCUCUCUCAGCAGCCCCUGCACUUCCUCUCCAGUAAUUCUCAUGAUAUCCAACAACUAUUUCUAUUUUCUCAGAACCAUGUCCUUACACAAACAACAUUCAUCACGCUUCCUACCUGAUUUGUUUGUUCUCCCUUACUGUACUUCUUAAAUCUUUUCUUUCCUAGCUGCUUCCUCAUGGCUUAUCCCUCUCUUGGACCUGAGCUCUUUCUUUCUCUUUGGUCAGUCUGCUUGCCAUGCUUCAUGACACCCCCCAAACUGAUUACACUUGGGUUCUUUUCCACAGUUUCUGCAGCUGCACAUCUCAUCUCCACAUUUACCACAUAUCCCAAAAUGAUGUCUAAACACAAAUGAUCUGUGUCCAAACUUCCAAUAAUGUCUGCACAGAAUGGGUUUGGGAACAAAAGCCCUUACUGGGUAACUAAUAAGAUCCUAAUACUUUGUCAGACAGGAUUUCUGAUGCAGCAUAACAGUUGCACACAUUUCUCUGUCACUCAUCCUGAACAUUCUCUGACUGUCAACAACUCUGCUACAUUCUUCAAAUCUACUUGCAUAUAUAUAUGCAGUACUCCAUCAACAACCCUUUACUGGAACUCUUUGAUUAAGUGGGACUGGACAACUCCACUCUUCCCUUUGCAGCCAGUGGCCAGUUGCUCAGUACCUCUGAGCAAAGACCAGUCACUAAGAUUUUAUACAGACAAAUCAUGACAAGGAAAUGACAAAUGCCUGACUAAGUGGCUUUCUCAAAUAUAUGAAUUAUAAGCAUUGUGGUUACAUAACGGCUCUGUUCAUGCAUUUGUCUACAAAUUUUGUACAUCUCUAGCUUUUCUACACAACACUGCUGAAACAUCUCAUGAAUAUGUAGUGAGAUAUGUAAUUUUCAACUCAAUUUACCCCCACUGCUAGGGUGAUGAAUAAAGUUUUGAUUUCA